ACACUUGCCUUCCUUACCACCAACUCAAUCUGCAAGUUAAUCUUUAGGGAAUACUGCACGAGGACUCCCAAAUCCUUUUGCAUGUCUAAUUUUUGAAAUUUUUCCCCAGUUAAAAAAUAGUCUAUGCCUUUAUUCCUUCCAUCAAAGUGUAUGAUCAUACACUUCCAGACACAGUAUUCCAUCUGCCACUUCUUUGCUCAAUCUGGGUAGUGGGAAGUAUACGAAGCAUUUUUACUUAGGGCCUGAUUCCUAAAUGCAAAAAACUCAAGCAGAAAGAUAUGUCCAUGAUCGCAUGGUCCACAUUUUCACAGCUGCACUACAUGUGGGAUCUUUGGGAUCACAAGGUACAAAGUUCAAAAAGGCUACAACGCGUGUUGGUGCGGAAACUGGGAAGACUACCUUGAUGUUCUGGGAGUCACCUGGCCUUGGAAUGCCCAUUCAGGUUGACUGAGUUCAAUAAUUAUCACUGACUGGGGCAUCAGCAUGGGUGUGCUAAUUCCUAAAGAAACUAAUUGCCACCAAAUUAUUGGCACUGCAACAAAAAAAAAGAACCGAAAAUGUUAGACACUCAGCAGAUUUGCAAGCAUUGGUGGGCAAUCAUUCAGAAUAACUAAAAACACUGGUGUAUUUGUAUACUGGUUGGAUGUGGUUACUGGAAGUUGGAUUAAAAAUAUUCCGUGACAACUGACCUUGUUUCUUUGGCUGUUGGAUGGGAUUAUCAUGGAUACGAUAAAUGGCAUAUUUUGAGAAAGAGGAAAAUUAAUCUCUUUCAGGAUGCUAUGUUCUAUUAAGUAUGCAGCUCCGUGCAACAGAAAUUAUGUUAACAAAAACCUUUACUUGAUUUUUGGCAUAUUAGGUAUAAUGCAAUUGGGCAACAUGUUACACACAACGUUAUUAAAUCACACAAUCACUAUUAAAUGUAAUAAGAAUCUCGUGUCUCUUAAAUAAGUGCUUCAUUCCUCAGAAUGUUAGAUCGAAAUCUCUUAAGAAAAUUAAAUUGAUAUUAAUGACUUUUCUGGGAAAGGGGCUGAUGAAGGUUUUACAGCUGGUUUAAUACCAUUCAUCUGUGUUCCAUUUCGAUGUCGUUCCAAAAUGAUAAUCUGGUGAAUUAGCAUACUGUCAAAUAUUACUUGCAAUUUGGCUGUAACGGAGGUUGAGUAGACGACAGUGCUGCAUUGGUAGCGCUAGGACUACACACCUAAUUAUAGAAGCUCCGCCCAGCGAGCAUGCGCGGGGUCCGCCUCUUCAGGACGAAAUGGCGGUGUCCCCACAUUGCUGAGCAGCCGGGAGAGGGUUUCAGGGAAAGGAGUGCCGAGCAUCCGAGUACAAUUUUCACACAGGGUAGGGCGAGCAUCGAGAUUAUUACUUGUGGAGGACCUUACCCAGGCAGAGAGUCUGGCUCAUCGACAACACAGAAUCACCUAUCGCAGUAAUAACAAUGGCAAAGAGAACUGCAGACAAAGAACUAACUGAUCGGAAUUGGGAUCAGGAAGAAGAAUCAGAAGAGGCAGGAACCUUCUCAGUUGCAAGUGAAGAUGUGCUGAAAAACAGAGCUAUUAAAAAAGCAAAACGCAGGAACAUCCUCGCUGAGUGUGAAGGAGGUGGAAUUUUCAAAGGAUUUUCUGGCCUAGUGUCAUCGACUGGAAAUACUGGAUUUGGAGCAUUUGGCAAUGGUUCUGGUUUCAAGCCUUUACGUGGGUUGUCCAAUGGAAGUACUUCAUCGUCCUCUUCAAAGCCUUCCCAUAGUAGUGCUACAGAUGUAAAUAAAUCUUUGGGUUCUUUUCUGUCUAAUGGCCCUCCACCAAACCCUUUGGCAAAAGGUGAAAUAGGUACGAAAACAAAUGGUAUUAAUCAGAUUAACUCUGGGGAUAAAGUGGGCUCCAGUGAGUACAACAGACAACUAGCAGCACUGAAUUGUUCAGUCCGAGACUGGAUCACCAAGCAUGUCAAUGAGAACCCACUCUGUGAUUUGACCCCAAUCUUCAGAGACUACGAGAAGCAUUUGACAAGCAUUGAACAGAAAUAUGGUAGCAGCUCUGACAGUGGCUCAGAGAGUGACACAAGCAGCAAGAGGCCAGAAAUGCAAUCUGUUAACACAUUUGGUGUUAGCAAAACACCACAGGGAACAAUCCCAUCAUCUUUAUUCUCAUCUGUCAAAAACAAGGAUACUAUUCCAGUCACUUCAGAAAAAAAAUCUGAGACUGCAAUGGGAAACAGUGGGAAUAUCAACUUGCUCUUUGGGAAAAACAUGGAAAACUCUCCUUUAACUGGCUUCUCUUUCGGUGCUGGAACAUCAGGCUCAUUGUUUGGAAAAGAUUUGAACCAGGAGAAGACUGUUGCUCCAACUUUUUCCUUCACAGCAUCUGUAGAAAAAACGGAAGAAGUGAAAGGUAUUGAGCAUAAAGAUGAAAAUGAAGAAGAGAGUGAAGAGCCUCCUAAACCAGUUGUAAAUGAAAUCAAGGAAGAAGAUGCAAUCUUUUCAAAGAAAUGUAAAAUGUUCUACAAGAAGGAUGGAGAUUUUAAAGAUAAAGGAAUUGGUACAAUCCAUUUAAAACCUGUGGCAGAUCAAAAAUUUCAGUUGUUGAUACGAGCAGAUACUAAUCUAGGAAAUAUUUUACUGAAUAUUAUGCUUCAUCCAUCAUUACCUUGUACAAGAACAGGAAAAAACAACAUCCUUCUCGUCUGUGUUCCUAAUCCUCCCAUUGAUGACAAAAAUCCAGAUGCUGCUAUGCCAAUUUUGAUCCGUGUGAAAACUACUCAGGAUGCGGAUGAGCUUCACAAAAUUAUUACGGAGAAACAGGCUGCACAUCAAGUAUAAUUAUUGGUGCUCUGAUACUGUAAACAAGUUUUGCCAAGUUGCUGCUAGGGUCUUCAAUUCUCACCUUUUAAAAUAAAAUGUUACUGGUUCAGGAAGUUAUAAUUGUUUGGCAGAUUGCACUUAAGUGCUUUCACUAUGAAAGGAACAUCCCCAUGUACUGGAGUUAUUUUCUGUGUACACUAGUGGCCUGACCUGAUUUUCAGCAGCAUUGAUAGAUCAUUUAGACCACGAGUUUGAUAAAUAGGGCCAGUAUAUUUAAUAACCUGGCAACCAAUGUCAUGGAAAAACCUGUGUGCUAACCUAGGGAAUUAGAAUUUUUUCUUGCUUACAUUCAGACUUCCAGUUCCACUUUUUUCUGGUUUCUAGUGCAGAUUAUAAUCAAGUAAUAGGAAUAAUGUUGAAACACCUCUAAUCAAACUGUUGUAGCAGUUGAUAUUUGCCUCUGCUCCAUUUCCAAAAAGGCUGUUGAGUAUCCCUGUUCACCAGUUUGGGAAUAAAGCAUGCAAGGUUCACACCUUUUAUUAGAAUAAGAUAAAAUAUUGAGCCCAAGAGAGCUUGGAAGCUGAACUGAGCAGGGAAGGAGUAAAAAUAAAAUCCAUCUUAACUAAGUCAAAUAGCACAUGGAGGAUGGAAAUGAUUUUGUGAAUACAAUGAAGUAAAUUUAGGAAAAAACCAGUGAUUGGAAUUGGUGAAUAAAUAAAUGUUGAAUUCUUGCCAUUUUCCUGAACUCCCUUAUAACUGUCCAUUUUAACUAUUGGUGAGCUACAUUGCUUUCACUUCGUAUCAUAAUGUAUCCAAAAAAAACUGUUGAUUGUUGAUCUUGAUUCUUAAUUUAUGUAACAUUUGAUUAAGUUUAAUUUGUUGGAAGAUGAGAAUUUUUAGACCAUAUAAAAUGCAUUUCAGACUGGUGUCGUGAGGUGGUAAAUUUGGCCAAAGAUAUGGUUUAAUGCCAUACUUUCCCACUAUAGAAGCUUUCUUAAACAUAACCUGAUAUUAUAAAUCAAUCCACAGUUGAGCAUUACCUGCUCUAAUUAAAUAUUGUAUAAAACAAGCUAAUUUGACAGAAUUUACAUGAUUUCAUUUUUCCUCGUGUGUCCUGCUAUGUGAAGUUAUUUUGUUUGAAGAUCUUUUGGAGAGCAUGCAGUAUUUAUUUGAGCUUUUAAAGCAUAUUUUCUAUAUAUAAUGGGGUUUUUGCCUUAAGUCAGUAAUAGGCAGCUGUUGAAGAGAUCUAUCAGUGGGACCACUUUAGGAAUUGGUUUGUAGCAUUUUAAUUUGAAUUGUAUUUAAAUAAGCAGAUAUAACUAAGAACAUUUAUAGUUCAUGAAUCCUAAAUAUCAAUGUUGAUUGAGGUGUACUUUGUAUUGAUCAGGGAAUCCUUGAAGAGUUGGAAAGUAAGCAUAGUUUUAAGUAUUCCUUGGAUGAAUAAAGCUUGAGAAGUUUGUCAUGGUCUUAGUAAUGUUUUUAGUUGAUGUAUUUAAAAUAUUUUAAAGUGAUGUAUAAAAUAAUUAGAACGUUUACAAACUCUAUGCACAGAUUUAUUAUUGAAUAGAUAGCAAUCCAGAUAAGUAUUGCAUAUUUGAACCACAAUUAUUAAUGCUGAGGUUGAUAUUAGCCAGUUCUCAUGCCCAGUGAUAUCAAGCAACAUGCAAUGUUCAUAUGUGUCACGUGACAUCAUUUUGGUCAUUUGGCAUCAAUUUUGUAUUCCAUGAUCUAUAGGGGCGGUGCCAAAAAUGCACAAGAAUGAAAUCAGAAAUGAGUUGGAUGUACUUACUAUAAAAAUGUCAUAAGUUGGGGAUUUUCUCUAGGGAAAUAAAAGAAAGGAGAUCAAUUGUGAUCUUUAUGUAAUGAGUUAUCACUUAUUCCUAGAAAGUAUUACCAAGUGAUGAAUCUGCAACUAGAGGUUGGGAAGUAGGCAGGAAGUAGAAAGUUCUGUGCAGAGGACCAAUUGAGUAGCAUAGUUAAAUAUAAGCAGAAGCUGGAUAAGCACAAGAGGGACAAAAGAAUAGAUUGACAGUUAUCUGAGAGGGGGUGAGGAACUUGUGAAAUGAACACCAGCGUAGAGAUGUCUGUAUCGGCAAUCUAUUGAUGACAUUAUUAAAUUGAUCUAAAAUGCGGCUUUUGUUAUAACUAAUUUUGGUAAAUACUGUUUGCUGAAGUUUUGCCAUACAAGUAUUUUAAAAGUAAUUUUAAAAUGCAGUUUACCAAUGAAAGUGUUAAAUUUUUGAGUUAUAGUGGCUUGGGAAAGACUAUAACUUUUAUUUUUGUAAUUCAGUUGCUGAAUCCCAGAGAUUCCUAACUUGAUUUCUUUUCAAUGUUGGUAUUUCCUACAUCUAUAUCUUACCAACUUGCGGGAAUUUAAAAAAUACUGCUAUGCUCUUCUGUGUCUAGUUAUUCAGUUUACCAGUUUGUUACAGGCAGUAUCAUCGCAUGUGAUCUGAUUUAAUAAAAUGGUUCUCAUAAGAGGAAAUGUACAGCACCUUGGAACCUUCCACGUGAAGGACCUUGCCAACUUUACCUACUGACUAUCUUUUUAAAAGCUGGAAGUAAAAUUGCUUGUAACCUGUGAUGUGCAUCUUCUGAAUUUAUUUCUGAAUUGCUAAACCUACUUGUGAAAACAGAAUGAAAGUAAAUUAUCUUUCAGCAUAAACAAUUUUGAACCAAAUUGAGAAUUUGUAUGUUCUAUUGGAAAAGAUUUAUUUUGACACUGGAAUUUUUUAAACAACUUUCCAUUUUAAGGUUCAGCAGAAUGUUACUGUUUGCAUGUAUGUGGCCUUGAAACUGGUCACUUAUUUAUAGAUGUUGCUAGAGUAAUUGAUAAAGCAAAAUGACUUGAAAACACUUGCAUCUUAAGCCAAUCAGGUAUCCAAUGGAAUAGAAACUAAUUCAAAAAUUCAAUAAUGUGAUUGCUAGAAAUCUGAAAUUAAAACAGGAAAAAGUCAGAAAUAUGCAAUGGGUGAUAUGGGGUCUGAGGAGAAAAAAAUUUGUUAACAUGUUGAUGACCUUGUAACAGUUCUGGGAAAAAUUAAGAUAUUAACAGGUUUUGAUCUCCUCGUGCAGGAGAUACACCUCGUGAGCCAAGACUGCUCAUGAGACAGUUCUAUCUGGGCCACCUCUGAACAACAAGUUCCCGGUGCAGUCAUAGUUAUAGAUUAAAGAUGCUUUUGCUUUUUAAAUUAAGCCUCACCAUGUCUGUGUUAGCUGUGGAACUUUUGGCCAGCAGGAAGAAGAAAUGCCCAUCUCAUCAAGAUUUUAAACCUGAUUCUGUGAACCUAGUUCUCUCAGUCAGAUGGUCUUUCGUUAAUAUGAGUUAUGGAUGAUCUAGCAUAUUUCGCAAUUGUUUCUCAUAAGUCAAUUAUUGAUCUUGAGAGAGAUCUGCCAAGUCUCAUUUGAUUUUUUGUUUGUUUAUUUAUUUUCAAUAUUUUCCUCCCUUCCUUCCCAAAAAUAUUCGCAGUGAUGGCAUCUUCCAUAAAGUUGAUACCUAAUUGGUGAAGCCUAAUCAGACGAGGUCUCAGUUUUCGUUGAAUAUCUCUGAGACAUUUUUAAAAUUUUGAAUGAUAUUAGUUUUGAUAGUUUAUUUUAUAAAGCUUUAUUAUGUGUGAACUAACUCAAGUAAUUCCUGUCACCUGAAACCUGUCCACCUUCCUAAGAGCUGCUUUGUCCUCAUUGAAAUAAUUGGCGUGUCUGAGCUGUGCAAGAUGUAACCAAGUGCAGAUUCAACAGGUUGACUUCCCAGCACAGUUGCUGGGGCUGCUAAUGCUUAAAGAAGUUUCAGCAUUGUCCUGUUGAACUCUAUAGGGUGCCCAAUAUUGUACUGACAGCAACACCAACCACUUAGCAGUUUUAGAUAUUUAUUUGUUUUAUUUUUAUUUAGUGUUACAGCGUGGAGUAUGCUUUUCUGGCCUUUUGAGCCAUGUCACCCCAGCAACCCCUCAACCCCAAUGAAUCCUGUGGUAUAAUUUACAAUGACCAAUUAACUUACCCAGUACAUCUUCGGAUGGUGGGAGGAAACUGGAGCACUCACAGAAAACCCAUGCAUUCCAUGAGGACUCCUUACAGAGCAGCACAGGAAUUGGACUCUGAGUGCCCGAAUGCCUUCAGCUGUAAUAGUGGCUCACUAACCACUAUGCUACUGUAGCACUCAAAUUUAUAAUCACAAGCAACCUUCUGAAGCAUUUCAGACUUGCAGCUAGGCAUUCCUGCAAAAAAGAAAUGUCUCACUGAUACUGAAAAAGGGAAGCUUUUCACAAUUACAAUGGAAGAUCAACCUGGAAGGGUAAUUUUUUAAAAACUUAUGUAUAUUUACAUUGAUGCUGUCUGAUUGGCUAUUUCCAGCAUUUUCUGCCUUGUGUAUCGUGUAUUCUGUAGGAUAUUUGAAAAUACUGAUAAUGUGAACAGUUUUUUCAAAAUUGCUGCUGGUUUUGGUUGGUGUUUUUUGACAUAGUUUCUAUGAAUUUAUUGACACAGCAAUAGCAUUGCACUCUCUUCCUGCCCAAUAUGGUUAAUGUAAUCACAUUUUUAUUUGGGGGGAAAAGUAAACAUGACAGGCUACUGACUGACUUGUAAGUCAGGAGCUUCUGGCACUUCCUAUCUAUUAUGGGUUAACAGGCUAAUUUGAAAACAAUUAACUUCCUCAGUAUCAUUUUUAAAAAAGAGGGCAAAAUUAUUGUUGCCCUGUGAGCCUAAGGAUGUGACUGUGAUAGGUUUUUAAAUCUGCAAUUGUUGUGAACUGAAACUCUGAAUUCUUCCACAAAUCAAAAAUAUAUUUAAUAAUGUUGACUGUGUUAAUCUUUGUCAGCAAUUCUACAUUGAAGCAUCCAAACAUAGAAUGUGUUCCCAGUUUAUGUUAUAAUAGUUGCUUUUGAUGCAGUUCCAAAAGUAAAUUUAAAAGCUAAAGUUUUUUUAACACCCUAGCUGCAAGUGGGAACGGAUUUUUAAUUUAUUCUUUCUUCACAGGUGAAUUUAAUUUGGUUUACUCCCUUUUACGAAUUUGUUCCCAAUACAGCUGGACACAUUUGUCAGUCAUUUAUUAGGAAGCGAAUUGAAGAAUCCAGAUUUCAAAAUGAAAGUGAGAAAGAAAACAAUUUAUUAGAAUUUUUGAAAAGCCGAGUCCAGUUGCAUGUUCAUCAUGCUUAGCUUUGGUUCUCUAAAAUGAACAUUUUAAGGAUUUUUCACUUUGUUGACAAUCCAAUCUGUAGCGGUUAGUGUGACGCUAUUAAAGUCUGUACGUACUUCCAGUGGAAUAGUGCGGUUUCUCUAGGCCCCCCAGUUUUCGCCCACAGUCCAAAGAUACCAGUUAGCAGGUUAAUUAUGCAUUGUAAGUUGUCCUGUGAUUAGGCUAUGGUUAAACUGUGAGGUGCUGGGCAGUGCAGCUUGAAGGGCCAGCAGGACCUAUUCUGUUGUAUCUCUAAAUAAAUAAAUAGCGGGUUUGAGCUGUAGAUUUGAAAUUUAGUAAUAAGGUAAAGAGGCAGCCAUGCAAAUAAUAAGGGAUCGUUAAAUGAUGAAAAAAAAAUGAGAGGGAUGUGUAAGUGAGCAGUAUGACUGAGGAAUAGAUGGGGGGUUUUAUCCAAUGCAACUUUUCUAGGUACUGUGUACUUUAAGAUUGUGAUACUUCGUCAAGUGGCACAGAUGAAAGCUUUUUAUUAUACAGAACAUGAAGUCCUUUUAUUCUAACUCUGCAAUAAAUGCCUCUGUUUGAAAAGACAAGUUUAGUUUUCAGCAUUUGUAAUUCAUAUAAUGUUAAAUGAAUUAGUUUUAUAUUAUGUUUGUGGAUUACAAAAUAAAUGACUGAGAGACAAUUGGCUUGAUUUUCUUUUAUUCAUAAUAGUUGUUUUUCUAAAAUUUUAAGUAUAUUCUGGCCUGUUAUGCUUAAAGGAUUUUUGUCUUGAUUUUUGGAAUCAUUGAUUAGAUGUUUUAACCAUUUUAGUUUGUUUUGUUUUUAAGAAUCUUGUUGCUUAAUGUCUAAAUGCUUUAAUUGUAAGAUGUGUAAAAGCUUAGUCUGUAAGUUUUUUUUAAUGUAAAGGAAUGAAUAUAUAGUUUACUGCGGGACAUUUUAUUUUGAAUUAAUUUAAGGACAAGGUGCUGUCUUUGAUCAUUAAUUAACAUGGUGAUUAUAGUUUUAUUUGGUACAUACACUUUUUACCAGUACCCUAUCCCAGAAGAAUUUUUAACUGGGAGCAAAACUUUAUUUGAAUAAUAUUUGGACACAGAAUA